CUCCUCCCUCCCCAGAGUAGGUAGUUGGGGCAGAGGCGGGUAGCACCUCACUUUCCCCCCCACAUCGCCUCUCCUGGUUGCUGGAAGUUAGGGGUGGCUCACCCCAGAUCGAGUCACCCGCAGCUGGCUCCCCUGAGACCAGAUGAUGUUUUUGGUGAAGGGCGAGAGGAACCAGGCUGUAGUUUGGGACUCUGGGGUGACCAGACACCAGCAGCUAGACCUAGUUGAUCCAGGAAGAAAGGUUUCCUGGAAGAGGUUUCCGGCACCUCCCGGGGAGCAUGCGUCAGUCCUACUGACCCCAGGAGUAGGGGCCUGUGGGGGCAUCUGAAAUGGGCUGUGUGUUCUGCAAGAAGAUGGAGCCUGCAUCCAAGGAGGAUGUGGGCCCGGAAAGGGACUUCCGGAGCCAAGGGACUGAGGAACGCUAUUACCCUGACCCCACUCAAGGCCGGUCUUCGUCCAUCUGUCCUCAGCCCACCAGCCCUGCUUUCCUUAACGUUGGCAACGUGAGAAGCAUCUCAGGGACUGGAGUGACCAUAUUUGUCGCCCUGUAUGACUAUGAGGCUAGGACCGGUGAUGACCUCACCUUCACCAAAGGCGAGAAGUUCCACAUCCUGAAUAAUACGGAGUAUGACUGGUGGGAGGCUCGAUCCCUGAGAUCCGGACACACUGGCUAUGUUCCCAGCAACUACGUGGCUCCUGUGGAUUCCAUCCAGGCCGAAGAGUGGUACUUUGGAAAGAUCAGUAGAAAGGAUGCAGAAAGGCAGCUUCUCUCCUCUGGAAACCCUCAGGGGGCCUUUCUCAUUCGGGAAAGCGAGACCACCAAAGGCGCCUACUCCCUGUCCAUCCGUGACUGGGACCAGAACAGAGGCGACCACAUAAAGCAUUAUAAGAUCCGAAAGCUGGACACAGGCGGCUACUAUAUCACCACACGGGCCCAGUUUGACUCUGUGCAGGACCUGGUGCGGCACUACAUGGAAGUGAAUGAUGGUCUGUGCUACUUGCUCACGGCGCCCUGUACCACCAUGAAGCCCCAGACUCUAGGCCUGGCCAAGGAUGCCUGGGAGAUCGAUCGUAGCUCGAUAGCGCUUGAACGCAGGCUGGGCACCGGCUGCUUUGGAGAUGUGUGGCUGGGCACGUGGAACUGCAGCACAAAGGUGGCAGUGAAGACGCUGAAGCCGGGCACCAUGUCCCCGAAGGCCUUCCUGGAGGAGGCCCAGAUCAUGAAACUGCUGCGGCAUGACAAGCUGGUGCAGCUGUACGCGGUGGUGUCGGAGGAACCCAUUUACAUUGUGACAGAGUUCAUGUGCUAUGGUAGCUUGCUGGAUUUCCUAAAGGGUCGAGAGGGUCAGGACUUGAUGCUGCCCCAUCUAGUAGACAUGGCUGCCCAGGUAGCUGAGGGCAUGGCCUACAUGGAGCGCAUGAACUAUAUCCACCGAGACCUGAGAGCAGCCAACAUCCUGGUGGGGGAGUAUCUGACAUGCAAGGUCGCUGACUUCGGGCUGGCACGUCUCAUAAAGGACGAUGAAUAUAAUCCCCAACAAGGAACCAAGUUCCCCAUCAAGUGGACAGCCCCAGAGGCUGCCCUCUUUGGCAGAUUCACUGUCAAAUCGGACGUGUGGUCCUUUGGGAUUCUGCUCACUGAACUGAUCACCAAGGGCAGAGUUCCUUACCCAGGCAUGAACAACCGGGAAGUGCUGGAACAGGUUGAGCAUGGCUACCACAUGCCAUGCCCUCCUGGAUGCCCGGCAUCCCUGUAUGAAGUCAUGGAACAGACCUGGCGUCUAGAUCCUGAGGAGAGGCCCACCUUUGAGUACCUGCAGUCUUUCCUGGAAGACUAUUUCACCUCCACAGAACCUCAGUAUCAGCCUGGAGACCAGACAUAGCUUGAGUGGGCAUCACAACCCUCUGGGAAUAUGUUUCUACUCUUGCCCAGCCCCAGGGCGCUCUGGUCCCAGUGCCUGCCCGAGACUUGGAACCCUGUAGGAUCCUAGCAUAUCAGAGAUGGUCCGACACUCUGAAGCCUCUUAGAGAGGGUGCAAAUGGAGACUAGAUUUGUCUCUUACCUUCUCUGACCCCAAGCACUCUUUCUUCCCUUCCCACCCAUGUCCCAUCCAAAAAUCUAGGGCACCCCACUCAUUUCACAGAUGAAGUAAAUGGAUGCUCAGAUCUCAUCUCUUGAACACUCUGACCCCAGUACCACUUUUCCUGCCCCAUUAGGCUCCUACAUACUGUUAGUUUCUCUCUCCCCAUCGCCUAAAAAUACUCAUACUUUGUCUAGUUAUUUAUAAAAUUGUAUUUCUCUUC